UAUCCUGGCAUCACUUUAUUUUCCUCUCAUGGCUUCUCCUCAUUCACUUUCCUUCACUUUCUUCUUGUGUUUCCUCCUCCUCAUAUCACGAUCCCAAUCCACCUUUGGUCCAAACAGGUUUGUUUUACCAGUGCAUAAAGACUCCAAGACAAGCCUUUAUGUCACCAACAUUUCGAAGAGAACUACUUUAGUGGAAAUCCCUCUUGUUGUGGACUUAAAUGGGAGGUACCUUUGGGUAACUUGUAACAAGAACUACCUUUCUUCAACCUACCCUGUCCCUCUUUGCCACUCAAUUCAAUGUGCCCGAGCCAACAGCCACCACUGCAUUGCCUGCAGCCCCACGGCUCACCCCGGCUGCCACAACAAUGCAUGUGGGCUCAUCUUAGAGAAUCCUGUGACCAACCAGAACGCCAUGGGUGAGCUUGCAGAGGAUGUUCUGUCAAUUCAAUCCACCCAAGGUUCGAACCUUGGUGCUAUGGUUACAAUACCCAGCUUCCUAUUUGCUUGUGCACCUUCAUUCUUGCUCCAAAAUGGGUUUCCAAGAGAUGUUCAAGGAGUAGUAGGGCUAGGGCACGGACCUAUUUCCCUACCAACCCAACUUUCCUCUCACUUUGGUUUUCCUCCUACCUUUGCGUUGUGCCUUUCUGAUCAUGGAGUCAUUUUCUUCGGAAAUGGACCUUAUUAUAUGCAGCCAGGAGUAGAUGUUUCUCGUUCACUUGGCUAUACUCCAUUGACAAUCACCCGAAAAGGAGAGUACUUCAUAGAAGUAAGAUCGAUCCAGAUAAACAACAAGCUUCUUCCAUUGAUGAACUACAUAACUAUGCGAACAAAGAUCAGCACAACAAUGCCUUACACAGUCCUCGAGCAAUCCAUUUCUCAAAACCUUCACUCAGUUCUUCACCAAGGAGAUUGGGAUAGCCCAAGUGAAACCGGUGUACCCUUUUGAGUUCUGUUACGAAUCUAGCAAGCUCAGCAGGAGUAGGGUCGGGCUUGGGGUGCCCAACAUUGACCUCGUAACGCAGAAGGGUGUGAUUUGGAGGAUUUUUGGCGCUAACUCAAUGGUGGAACCAAAACCAGGAGUCGCAUGCUUGGCGUUUGUUGAUGGGGGGUUGCAGAAGAACUCACCCAGAGACAGUGGAGCUUCAAUUGUUAUUGGGGCUUACCAGUUGGAGAACAAUCUUGUGAAAUUUGAUCUACAAAGGUCUACGUUGGGAUUCAGCUCCUCGCUGCUGUUUUACAAAACUUCUUGCAGUAAUUUCAACUUCACUACCUCUACAUGAAAGACUGCAAGAGAAUGUUUCCUAGAUCAUGUGUAUGCAUUUAAAUGUGCUAAUAACUAUGUGUGUGGCUAAACCAACUAAAUAAAAGAAUGAAUAAGAG